AUGGCUCCCUUUCCAUCUCCUCUCGAACGAACCGUUGCUUCAGCUCUUCUCCUUCUCUCCACUCCACCUUCCAAGUAAAUGAAAGCUCAAUCCAUCUCUUUUCGUAUUUCAGUCGAACGAAACUUUGAUAGGCGAGGAAAGAGCAUGAGCGAAGAGAGGUUGAGCUUGAUGUCGUCGAGUGAAUCCAAAUCCUGCACUUCCUCUCUUACCACUGAUCAGUUGUCAUCUCGAAAGCAAAAGCUAAGGAUCAUUGCCGCUGUGGCUCGCUGCCAUGAAAUUAAGCUCAAGGUUGCCAUGCCUUACUCUGUGGUGAAGAAGAGGCGAUCAAAGAUCUACCGGAGCUCCAAUAGCGGGAAAAUCCCAUCGUUUAAGUCAUUAACCUCAUCCGAUAUGGCUACGGAGAUGUCGUGCUUGUCGAGCAGCUCCAGCGGCAUCUCAAGCGCGCGAAUCCGAAGUAAAACAACCAAAGCCGAGAAAAUGCAGGCCGCCAAGCAAAGGAAGAGGCCCAGCGGCUGCUCGACUCACAUGCGGCGCCGAGCCGAAGCCAUUUUGAAAUUGCUCUCCGGCGGUUGCUUCUCUGAGGUUAACAUUCGUCGAGUGCUAGGUGACAGUCCUGACACAAGCAAGGCCCUUCGAAUGUUGUUAAAGCAGGAAGAAGUGAAGAGAUCAGGGACUGGAGGGCAAAAAGACCCUUAUAUUUACACGAUAGCAUGAGAAUGAGCUUACAAGGACGGUAUACCUGGCAAUUCAUGAGGCCAGGUGACGUGUAGAUUGGCGAAGAUUCCAUUCCCAGUAGCUCUCAGGGAAAUUCUAAUCUAACGGAUAGGUAAAAACUAUAAGACAACAGCACAAAAGCGAAUCUAUUAAUUACUUGAUAUGGUAGUAGAUAUAUACUAGAGCUAAUCCUAUAUCUUAAUUUGUUCUUAAUAUCCUAGCUAUUUGCAAGAUGUAAAUGGAUGGACAU